UUUUUUGGUCGAAAGCCACAAUCACUUCAAGUCAGUUGUUACAAUAGCUUCUUCUCAGACGCUUCCUUCGUUCAUCAUUCGACACUCAUCCAUCCUUUUUCUUUCUCAAGCAUCUCCUGUCAAUUGAUUAAACAUGUUGCGCGGAUCAGUGAAACAUAUUGGAAGUUUGUUCGUUGCCGUCGCAGCGCUCUUGCUUCCUGUCUCAAACGAAGCCGCCGUUAACGCCUCCGUCGAUGAGUCUGGCAACCUUCGUGGAAGCCGCGACUUGCGGAUUGACAUCCCUUUCUUGCAGAAAGUUAAGGAGAACAACAAUUUAGAAGACGACUUUGCCAUUGUCCUCCAAGAAUGCACCGGCAGCACGCUUCAGGUGGACUCGGAAACGAUCUCUAUUGCUCGAAAGGACCUGGCCGUUGUCAACGGAAUCUUCACGGAAGGAGCCGAGUUCUUUCUGAAUGGUCACAAGCAGUACUCUCUUCCAUUCCAUUCAGUCUACAAGAGCCUCGAAGAUCCUACGGUUAUCAUUGUCAAGGGAAGCAAAGGACGUCUUCAAAGUGCCACGAAAAUCGACCCUGUCACUGGAGAAACGAUUUCGGUCGUUCCCAUCGAAGCUGGCUCCGAAGUAUUCAUUACGGUUCACGAGAACGAUAUCGACCAAUUGAAGAUGAACCAGUUCAAAUAUGGUGAUGGAGACCUCUUUCCUCCCGGCGAACAGCGAUCUUUGCAGACAACGAACAAGACUGAUCGUCGUGCGUUGAUGUCGACUUGCGAGUCCUACCAAGUUAUCGAGCUCGCCGUUGCUUACGAUCAUACCUUUUGUCAAUUCCACGGUUCUGCUGUGGACGCCAACGCAGCCGUCCAGUCGAUCGUUUCACAAGCAAGCAUGAAAUUCGAACAGAUUUGUAUGAGAGUGAUGGUUUCCCAUGUGGACGGCUACUGCAAUGAAGACACUGAUCCAUUCGUUGAGGUGAUCAAUGGAGCUUCUCAAGUUUGCGGCAACGACUUCGACACGCUGCUCUUUCGAUUCCGCACAUAUUGGCGAUCAACCGGGAAGCAUCAAACUAUCUCUGCCGACACAGUGCACCUGUUUCAUGGAGUCAACUUCCCCGAAAACACUGUUGGAUGUGCAUGGAACCAGGCUAUCUGUGGAUCUUAUGCAUACGGCGUGAAUCAAGUGACUUAUACGACGGUCCAAUCCAAGUGGUCAACGCUCAUUGCCCAUGAGAUUGGACACAAUGUUGGAGCUGGCCAUUCUUCAUCGUCAUCAUCCAUUAUGUUUCCAACAAUUUGCAACAGUUGCUUGACAUUUGACGGCACGUCGGCGAACGCGAUCCUCUCGCACAUUUCAACCAAAACGUGCUUGGAAACCGUCAUUGAUUCCCCCAGCACUUCAGGUGCUGUCCCCAGCUCCAGUCCAAGCGGAUCGCCGAGCAUCAGCCCAAGUUUGUUCCCAAGCUCAUCUCCGAGCGAACUAACUGCCAGUCCCGUCACCGUCACCGAAAGCCCAACGGAGUCUCCAAGUUCGCUCCCAACUUUGUUUCCGAGCCCUGAACCAAGCCAGGAACCAAGUCCAAAGCAGAUUUUCGAGCCCGCGGAGGAGAAAUGUGCGGCGGCAUACUGGCAUCGCUGCCAUCACACCCCGUGUUGCUCGGGGUUGAAAUGCUACUUUGGUAUCAUCUGUGCAUGAGUGAUUGAAGAUUCCAAGCGAUGUGCGGAUCCUCUUGUGUCCGCGUUCGUUCCUUCAAACCAGUCUAAAGGCAGCUGGAUCUUGCCUGUAUCAUUGACUCAGUCAACGUGGAUAUUUCUUGCAGUAACUUAACUAGCACAACACGUAAACCAUACGAUUUUAGCGUU